CUCCAGGGACAGCCCAGCAACAGGCAGGCGGGCGGCCGGGGGGGCCCCUGAGGCUUGGGGGGCCAUGGCCGGGGUCGCGUGCUUGGGGAAAGCUGCGGAGGUCGACGAGUGGUGCGACAGUGGCCUGGGCUCUCUGGGUCCAGAUGCAGCGGCCCCCGGAGGACCUGGACUGGGCGCGGAGCUGGGCCCGGGGCUGUCGUGGGCGCCCCUCGUCUUCGGCUACGUAACUGAGGAUGGGGACACGGCACUGCACUUGGCAGUGAUCCAUCAGCACGAGCCCUUCCUGGAUUUCCUCCUAGGCUUUGCGGCUGGUACUGAGUACCUGGACCUGCAGAAUGACCUGGGCCAGACAGCUCUGCACCUGGCCGCCAUCCUGGGGGAGGCAUCCACGGUGGAGAAGCUGUAUACGGCUGGCUCCGGGUUGCAUGUGGCAGAGCGUGGAGGCCACACAGCGCUGCACCUGGCCUGCCGCGUGGGGGCACACGCCUGCGCUCGAGUGCUGCUCCAGCCCCGUCCCCGGCGCCUUAGGGGAGCCCCCCACACCUACCUCGCUCAGGGCCCUGACCACACCCCUGACACCGACCAUACCGCUGUUUCCUUAUACCGCGAACCCGACUUGGAGAAGGAAGAGGACCAGAGAGAGGAGGACUGGAAGCUGCAGCUGGAGGCUGAAAACUAUGAGGGCCACACCCCACUCCAUGUGGCUGUCAUCCACAAAGACGCAGAGAUGGUCCAGCUACUCCGAGAGGCUGGAGCUGACCUCAACAAACUGGAGCCCACGUGUGGCCGGAGCCCCCUGCACUUGGCCGUGGAGGCCCAAGCAGCCGAUGUGCUGGAGCUUCUCCUGGAGGCAGGUGCCGACCCUGCUGCCCGCAUGUACGGCGGCCGCACCCCACUGGGCAGCGCCAUGCUCCGGCCCAACCCCACCCUCGCCUGCCUCCUCCGUGCACAUGGAGCCCCUGAACCCGAGGAUGAGGACGACAAGCCUGGCCCCUGCAGCAGCAGUAGCGACAGCGACAGCGGGGAUGAGGGCGAUGAAUACGAUGACAUCGUGGUCCACAGUGGCCGGAGCCCCAACUGGCUACCUCCUGCCCCGGCUUCCAAACCUCUCCCUGAUGACCCCAUCUGACUUAAUUGUUAAUAGAAUUUCCAAUUUAAUAAAAUCCCAGU